AACCUCGAAAAGGCCAUAACAUAAAUCUUGAAAAGUGACAACCCUAAAUCAAAAUUCAGUGUUGACGUCAAUGACAUCACUAGUGUAGUGAUUGACAAUGCAACUCACAGUGAAAAGGUGAACCCAGAAAGGGAGUUUGGUGGCAUCAAUGCGGCAUUGCGCUCAGCACCGGAGCAUGCUCGGUCGACGCCAGCGCGCGCCGUUUAGUCCGACUAGGUGAUGCUGCGACAUAACGCUGUCGAUGAUAGUCUGCUUUGUCGCUGAGCUUACAUCGUUUCAGCUGCGAAAGCCGGUGUCGACGCUCUCGAUCCCCGGCGCGAUGAAGGCGUACUCCGGCGGGCGGGACGCGUCCACCGAGGAGGCUGGGGUGGCGCUCGUUGGCGUGCACAGCGAGUACCCACGCUUCGGCGAGGAGCGGGCGCUCGGCGGCGGCACCUACAAGGGCGGGGGGGCGGCUAAGCACAAACCUAACAUAGGAUAUAGAUUAGGUAGGCGAAAGGCGUUAUUCGAAAAGCGAAAACGAAUAAGUGACUACGCACUAGUGAUGGGGAUGUUCGGUAUUAUAAUUAUGGUUAUAGAAAAUGAACUAUCAAGUGCCGGUGUUUAUACAAAGGCAUCAAUAUAUUCGCAGGCGUUAAAGACGCUUAUAUCAAUGUCAACUGUGAUCUUACUUGGCCUAAUCGUCGCGUAUCACGCUUUAGAAGUACAGUUAUUUAUGAUAGACAACUGCGCUGACGACUGGCGAAUAGCAAUGACGUGGCAGCGGAUAGCGCAGAUUGCACUAGAACUAGCCAUUUGUGCCGUCCACCCGAUCCCGGGCCAGUACACCUUCACUUGGACGACGAAACUGGCCAACAAAGGAGGCGUUAUAGGCGUUGAAGUUUUUCCUAAAAUUGGUACCUACGUACCAUACGACGUGACACUGUCGCUGCCUAUGUUCUUUCGGCUAUAUCUAAUAUGCAGGGUUAUGCUUCUUCAUAGUAAAUUAUUUACGGAUGCUUCGUCACGAAGUAUAGGAGCCUUAAACAGAAUUAAUUUUAACACAAGGUUUGUCUUGAAGACACUUAUGACCAUUUGCCCCGGAACGGUGUUACUAGUUUUUAUGGUUUCCCUUUGGAUAAUUGCAAGCUGGACAUUAAGACAAUGUGAAAGGUUUCACGAUGAAGAACACGCUAAUCUACUGAAUGCAAUGUGGCUUAUUGCAAUAACGUUUCUCUCCGUCGGUUUUGGUGACAUAGUGCCAAACACGUAUUGCGGCAGAGGUAUUGCUGUUAGCACCGGCAUUAUGGGGGCUGGAUGUACAGCAUUAUUAGUGACCGUUGCUUCAAGAAAGUUAGAGUUAACUAGAGCGGAGAAACAUGUGCAUAACUUCAUGAUGGAAACGCAACUAACAAAAAAGUUAAAAAAUGCAGCAGCCAACGUGCUACGAGAAACGUGGUUAAUAUAUAAACACACAAGACUGGUCAAAAGAGUUCAUCCGGGUCGAGUCCGAACUCACCAGAGGAAGUUCUUGUUAGCCAUAUAUGCAUUACGAAAAGUUAAAAUGGAUCAAAGAAAGUUAAUGGAUAACGCCAACACAAUAACAGAUAUGGCAAAGGACCCCUUUCUCUUCCAGACCCAAAAUACUGUUUACGAAAUAGUAUCCGAUAUGAGCACCAGACAAGAUAGUAUAGAAGAGAGAUUAACCAGCUUAGAAGAAAAACUUACCGCCUUACAGGAACAAGUAAAUAGCCUACCAGAUGUGGUGGCCAGGUGCUUGCAGCAGUGCUGGGAGCGGGCAGAGUCUCGCAAAAACUACCUGCACCCAGACACUGCUGCGGCACCUACCCCACCCGCUAGCGUCAUAACCCCCCACGCCAGAACAUUAACGACAGCAACACACCCCUGGCCUCCGAGCCCAAUCUUGCCGGGGGUCAGGACCCAUUCAGCCCCGGAGAGCACCGUGGCUCACUCCCCCGCGCCUGCCAGCCCAGCGACUCACGGAGCCCGGCCUCCGCUACCCAGCUGAGUACCGCCUUCCAACUCCGAACUGUUGUGCUGAACUCGUCAAAACUCGGCGCCCCUCCUCUGACCCCCCUUAAUAUAACUACGACCAGAUAAUGGCGAAAGAAAGAUAUCGUAGACCUCAAAAAUAGGAUGACUUUAUUGUGCUGCUCUUUUGGUGCUAAAUUAUCUUUUUCACCCAGAUCUCAGAUACCAGCACUUAAGUAUGUUUACUACUUUAGUAAUCUGAAUUUUAUCAAACACUCGUUACCAUUAAUAAG